AUGCACUCUUUCAAAAGCGUCGAACAUAGUGGUCUUCAAACUCUUGCUCAAACGUGCAUUGAUAUAGGUGCUCGAUGUGGUAAAGUCGAUGUUCGUGAUAUUUGGUACGGACGGAAGUCAAUUCGAGAUGAAUGUGAUAAAAAAUUCAAUAUGUACAAAAAUCAAAUUCUGAAAGAAAUACAAAAAUACGCCAUUGAGCGUACAUUGUCAGCCACGACCGAUUUGUGGCGAGACGAUGCCGUUGGUCGUUAUUAUCUGGAUUUUACUGUGUUUUGGAUUGAUGAUUCUUGGAGACAACACCAUGCACUUCUUCGUUGUAAACAUUUUGAAGAGCAAAGUAAAACAGCAAUUAACUUAUGGGCAGAGAUUGAAUCGAUCUUCAAUGAGUUCAACCUUAUCGUUGGUGAUACUCCUAUUACAACAGAUGAAGGUGCAAAUAUAAAAGCAUCAUUAAAAAAUGAAAUACGCUUGCCUUGUAUGGCACAUCGUUCGUCAACAACAUUAGAAACUGCUUGGGAAGCAACGAGAAUUGUUUGUCCAGAAUUUGAUCAAUUAAUAACUUAUGUUUCAGAAUUACGAGCAUUCAUUGCACGAAGUGGAAAUAUUCAAACACGUCUUCCCAUGACAAUAAAACGAAACAGUGCUACACGACCAUGGCGAUCAUAUUAUAUUGUAUAUCAUAGUGUAUUGAUUUCAUAUGAUAAGCUUAUUGAUGUUCUUUCUCCAAUGUACGAAGAAAGUCGUAUAUUAGCAAUUAACAAGAAUUUGUUGUUGAACGUGGUGGAACUGAUGAAAGGUUUUGUACCGAUUUUUAACUCAUUGGAAUUCAGCACGACACCAACAAUACAUAUUGUUGUUCCAUCAUAUUAUGCAAUGCUGGCUAUGGCGCAACUCAAUGGACAAGAAAGACCAGCAAUCAAAGCACUCAAAGAAAAUUUACAAACGGCUCUCAAUGAAAAAUAUAAUCAAAGUAUCAUGCAAAUUCAUUGGAUAGCAACAUUUUUGGAUCCAUCCUUUCGUGAACUUUCGUUUGUUAGCGACAAAUCUUACCGAACUACUCAAUUAAAAUCGAUAAAAGAUGGUUUAAUUCUAAUGGCAAAUGAUAUUGAAAAUGAAAAAAAGGAUCUCAUUGAUAACUCUACCGAUCAACAACCGCCAUUGAAAAAAGCUCGAACUGAAGUAUCUAUUGAUCCAUUUGCUCAAUUACGUAGUUCAUCCUCAGAACCUUCAAAAUUAAACAUUAAAGAUGAACUUUCUGCUGAAUUAGCUCAGUACAGUAAACUUUCAUUUUCAACCACUUCAACUUCAGCCAAUCCAUCAUUACUACUUCUCGAUUUUUGGCGUACAAACGAAAAACGUUUACGAUUAUUAGCUAUUAUUGCUAAGAGAAUUCUUGUUAUACAAGGAUCUAGCUCCGAAUCGGAACGUCAUUUCUCAGCUGGUGGUGUUAUAGUAUCUGAAAAACGUAGUCGAGCUAGUGCUUCGACGGUUGAAUCGUUAGUCGUUCUUCGUGAAUGUUAUAUUAAUGGUCAAUGGCCUGAUUGUUCAUCCGAAGAUGAUAAAGAAAAAUCUGGAAGUCAAAACAACAGCACAACACUUACUCCUGAUAUCGUUUCGCUGUAG